AUGCUUGCCCCCAACACCACCAGCCUCUCCACUCAAGCCUCUCGACUCGUCCGCCAAUUGAUAUCCGACAAUGGCGAUGUUGGCUUCAUGUCCUGCGCCAUCUACGACACCGCGUGGGUGUCCAUGGUGAGAAAGCCAACUGCCAAUGGCGCCCACUGGCUCUUCCCCGAAUGCUUCGAAUACAUCCUGCAGUCUCAGCAACCAGAUGGCGGAUGGGAGACAUACGCCUCCGAUAUUGACGGCAUCCUCAACACCGCCGCAUCCUUGCUGGCUCUCAAGACUCACGCCGAGCACCCCAUCCCAGAAGGCCACGUCCCAGCAUCCGAGCUAGAACGCCGCAUUAACCUCGCCAGCACAGCCCUCUCCCACCAGCUGCAAUCCUGGGACGUCCCCAACACAGUCCACGUCGGAUUCGAAAUCAUCCUCCCCACCAUCCUCCGUCUGCUCGAGAAAAAGGGCCUACGGUUUGAAUUCGACGGAAGGGUCGACCUCGACGCCCUAAAUGCAUUGAAGCUGUCCAAGUUCAAGCCUCAGUAUCUCUACUCGUCGCAGAAGUUCACUGCCUUGCACUCUCUGGAGUCUUUUAUCGAUAUUGUGGACUUUGACAAGGUCUCGCAUCACAAGGAGUCGGGUGGGUUUAUGGCUUCGCCUUCGUCUACAGCGGCGUAUCUUAUGCAUGCUUCUUCGUGGGAUGAGGAGUGUGAGGAGUAUUUAAGGACCGUCGUGCAGAAUGGUAGUGGGCAGGGGAAUGGAGGCGUUCCGAGUGCUUAUCCAUCUACUUAUUUUGAGAUUACCUGGGUCCUCACAACACUACUGCACAAUGGUUUUACAAAGGAAGACCUCGGCAUCGAAAAUACCAACGCUUUAUACGAAAAGCUGCGUCUGGCACUACUCAAAGGAAACGGCACAGUAGGAUUCGCACCAUCCCUCCAAGCCGACGCCGAUGACACAGCCAAAGCCCUGAUUUCCGUCAGCAUGCUGGGCGAACCCGUCCCAGCUACUGGAUUACUGUCUGAAUUCGAAGGCAAAACCCACUUCCGCACAUAUCAGGGCGAGCGAGACCCGAGUUUCACAGCAAAUUGCAAUGCUUUGCUGGCGUUGUUGUCGCAGCCGGACCUUGCUGCUCUUGCACCGCAGAUUGAGAAAGCCACGACGUUUCUGUGCGAUACCUGGUGGGAGGCGGAUGGGCAUAUUGGAGACAAAUGGAACCUCUCACCCCACUACCCAUCCAUGUUGAUGGCAGAAGCAUUCGGAUCUCUGUUGGAAGCUUGGGGCAAGGGCUCUCUCGACGCUAUUCCCAGCGAGCUGAUCCGCGACAAGGUGUCCAUCACUCUAUACCAAGCCCUUCUGCGAGCGCUUCAGACUCAGAACGAAGAUGGAUCCUGGGGACCGAGCCACCGCCGCGAAGAGACAGCCUAUGCAGUCCUCACCAUCGCCAACGCAUGUGGACUGCCCUUUCUCGACUCCCUAUGGCCCGAGAUCGACGAAGCCUUGGACCGUGGCCGCAAAUUCCUCCAAGGCACCGUCAACGAGAAGCCUGAGUACAUCUGGGUGGAAAAGGUGACUUAUGGCUCUUUAACUCUGUCCGACUGCUACGUCCUCGCUGCGUUGAAGGUCGACCACCAGCACUCUCAGCCAUCAGACUCUCUUUCCCAGCUGUUCUACAUCCCCGAAAAGAAAAUCAGCGAGUUUGUUCGCUUCUAUUCUAUGAUUCCUCUUUUCGCAAAGAUGCCACGAUGGAAGCUCCGGGCAGCCCUUAUCGAGGGCUAUCUCUUCCUGCCACAGUUGAGUGAGAAGAGACUUGAGAUCUUUCCUCGCGCGGGAAUGGAGGAGGACAAGUACUUUGAGUAUAUCCCGUUCACCUGGACAGCGUGCAACAACCGAGACAACACAUUUGUCUGCAACAAGACGCUGAAGGAGAUGAUGAUUAUUUCCUUCCUCAACUACCAGGCGGAUGAGUUUAUGGAGGCUGUCGUGGGGCGGUACUAUAGCGGCAAGGAUGCUUCAGUCGUUGCAUGCAUCGGCGAGAUUUUCGACAAUGUGGACUCCAGCAGCAACGAGGGCAGCGAUUCAGAUGGCACUACCGCUAAGCCAGUCAAGCCCGUGAAGAAGACUCCCACAAUCGAGCAAUUAUCAAAUGAUAAGUCCGCCUCGAAGAAAGUCUCCGAAAACGUCGCCCGCGUCCUCGACGCCUUCAUCCACUGGUCCAUGAACCACCCCAGCGUCCGCGAAGCCAGUCCCAUUGACGCCCUCCGCGUCAAAGACGAACUCGAAACCUUCCUCAUCGCCCACAUGGAACAAACAGAAGACAGCGAGAACUUUGCCUCCCAAGCCAAACACAACCGCGAAAUCUUCACCAGCCCCCGCUCCAGCUUCUACCGCUGGGUCAACUCGACUUCCUCCAACCACACCUCCUGCCCGUACUCGUUCGCCUUCUACCAAUGCUUACUGGCUAGUGAACACAACCAGCCCGAUUGCUUCACCACCCCCGAGGAAAAGUACAUUGCCGAAGGCAUGGGCCACCACCUCGCGGUGAUGUGCCGCAUGUACAACGACUACGGGUCCAUCGCGCGCGACCGCGACGAGGAGAACCUCAACUCGGUGAACUUUCCAGAGUUUGCGGCGGCAGGGUCGGAUAAGAGUUCCAAGUCAGAUGACGCGAGACGGAAGGCGCUGUUUACUGUUGCUGAGUAUGAGCGGGCGAAUAUGGAGUUUGGGUUGAGCAAGCUGAGGGAGUUGGCUGGGGAGGAUAAGCGGAAGGUGAGGGUGAUGGAGAAGAUUCAGAUGUUCUGCAAUGUGACGGAUUUGUAUGGGCAGAUCUAUGUGGCGAGGGAUAUUGCCAGUCGAAUGUGA